CGUCCGAUUCAAGAGUACCGUCAGAGGACCAGGAGCUACAAGAAGAAGGAAUACUGUAAUAUUUUUGUUUUUUAUUCCCCAAAGAAACAGCUGAUACUCAGGAUGCACAGGUAUAUUGGCGGAGUUUGCGUCUCUCUUAUUUUUUGCGCGUUUGUCACGGAGAGACUCGGAAUGAUCGUUGCGGCAAAAGAGAAGAGAGGAUGGACCCUUCACAGUGCUGGGUAUCUCCUUGGUCCUCAUGCCAUAGAUAACCACAGAAGCCUUAGCGACAAGCAUGGACUGGCAGGGAAGAGAGAAAUGCCCAUGGAGGAGGAUUUCAAGACAGGAGCUCUGAGAAUAUCAGAUGAAGAUGUCAUCCAUACCAUCAUAGACUUUCUUUCUUAUCUUAAAUUAAAAGAAAUUGGGGAUCUUGACAGUCUGCCUUCCUCCCUCACGUCAGAGGAAAUCAGUCAACCGUAAUUCUGACCAAUUUCAGCAUUUACACACCUUGACUUCCACUGAACCUGACUGAACUCUCUCCCUGAGGUUGUCUCAUGUUGUAUGUGUUCUCCAUUGCACUGUUCUUGACAUGUUAAACUGUCAAUAUUACCCUGUAACUAUAAUCUAUAAGAAUAACUUGACGUCUGAUGUAGAGAUGGAUUAAAAAAUAAAUAAAAUUCAUAA